AUGAAUUUAAUAAUAGAUACUACUCAGCAAUCUAUCAUGAAAGAAUACGACCUCGACACAACAACAACGAAUACAUCAAUUUUAGCUUCUGAUGAUAUUCUCACUCUUUCUAGAGAGUUGAACCUAAUAUUGAUUCCUCUUCAGGGGGAUACCAAAACUGACACUUUGGCAGCAAUAUCAUUUUGCGUUCUUCUUUUACCAUUAGCCCAAGGCCUCAGCUUUAUCUGGACGCAAUGGGUGUUGUACACUGCUUUGAGUUGUACGCUAGACAUCACCUAUCCUAAUAGCGGAUCAACACUCAACGAUUUUCAGCACAGCCAUUUUGCAAAAUUUGGAAAUCAUCAAUAUGUCAAUGGGACUAGUAAAUUUCUGUUGUAUCAUAGUACACAAAAGGGAUUAUAUGAAAUUAAGUCCUACUCAUGGCAUGGAAUUUAUCCAUCUUUUGAAUAUUUUAAUGUAGAGAGUAGAAAAAGAGUAAAGUGCAUUAGUGGUAUAGAAGGAGUUCCUGUAUCAAAUCAAUGGAACUCUAAAGGACAUUUUUAUCCUAUUCAAAUAGCUCAAUAUGGGUUAUCUCAUUUUAGUAAAUCUUUUAAUAAUGAUUCAAAAUUUGUGAAUAUUAUGGACCAAAUGUUGAAUAAUAAAAAUUUUGAACAAACAUAUAUUAAUCCCAAGAUUUAUUAUUACAACAUUAAAACAGACAAUGCUCAAAUAAAUCUGGAUGUUGAUUAUCAAAAUAGGUAUUUGAUAUUGGACAUAAAAUUUAAAAGAUAUAUAUCUAGCCUUCAUCUAUAUAUUAAAAAUAAAUAUAAUGAAAAUAAUUUGGAAUUGGUGUACACAUUUAACUCGGAUAAUAUUUCAGACAUAUGUUUUAUGAAGAUAAAAAAUAGAUUUUUUAUUAAACUUCCCUUUAAAUUAAAUAUUUGGAAUAAAAUUAGACGUGAUUUUUACACUGAUAUCAAGAAAAGUUUACAUAUAAAUGAUGUUAAAAGCAAACAAUACAGAAUUAAAUAUAUGAUAAUUAAAAAUUGCCAAAGUUGUAUUAUAUCUAAAUUACAAUUUUCCACAUCACAAAGCAUUGAAUUGGUUGAACCUACCAUUGAAUGGAUAAUAAAAAAUCAAGAUGCAAAAGGUGGGUGGCCUAUGAAUUUUAAUCUUAAAGAAAAGAAAUUACGUUCAGGAUGGUAUUCUUCUAUGGCACAGGGUCAAAUUAUUUCACUCUUAGUUCGAUAUUAUUAUUUAAAGAAAGAUGUACAAUAUCUAAAAAGUUCUAUCAAGGCUUUUAAUAUCUUUAAUAUAUCAACAGUCAAAGGAGGCGUUAAAGCUUACGUAUUUAAUAAAUAUAUUUGGCUUGAGGAAUAUCCCUCGAUUCCACCAACAUUUGUUUUAAAUGGAUUUAUGUAUUCGAUUGUUGGAAUCUAUGAUUUGCAGCAAGCAUUGAAAUAUUAUCUUGUAAAUAAUGAUAAUAGUUUUAAAAUAAUAACGAAUCGCAUCAAUAUUUUAUUAAAUCUUGUUGGAAAAUCUCUCAAAACCUUAUUACCUCUCUAUGAUACUGGCUCCGGGUCCUUGUAUGAUUUAACACAUAUAACCCAAAAAUAUCCUCCUAACAGAGCUCGUUGGGAUUAUCAUGUAGUACAUAUAAACUUACUCCAGUUAAUGUCUGUGAUUUUUAAUGAUUCAUAUUAUUUCGAUGUAUCGAUGAGAUGGAAAGGAUAUUUAUAUGGGAAUAGAACGAAACAUAAUUAAUUAUAUAUAAUGAUUUAUAAGUGUAAAAAUAAAUAUAAAAGGGUUGUAUAGCAUUUUUUAAUAUUAUAAAUCAAAUUGUAAAUAAAAAUCGAUUUUGUUAAUUUGUAUUACACCGCAUUUUACCUACAACCACACGCCAUUUUUAUUGCAGAUAGGAUGGAUAAAUAUAAACGAAAAAGUAAGCCAUAAACAUAAUUUUAAUCAUGUCCUAAACAUUAUAAAUAUAUGCUAAAUAUCAAUUAGAUCAUUUGUUUUUGUUUUAUUGUUAAUUAGGUAGAUUAUUUUAUAUUUUUCUAGACAAUAUUCGAUAAUGUUAUA